AAAUUAUAAUUUGUUUUGGUCUAAUUUGAAUGUGUCAGGAUUUGCAAUAAUAACUGAUGUGAUUCAGUAUUUUAUUCGUAGAAUCCUUAUUUCGAUGGUUUCUACUAUACAUCAUCUUGUUAUCAACUUGUUUAUAAAACAGACAAUGACAUAAAACAGAUUGUUUUUGUUGAGCUCUAUGAUAAACUCAAAAUAAUUGGAUAGAUAUUCAGUCAUUAUUUGUAUUCGUUUAAUCAUCUUGAGCAAUUAACUUAAUGAGAAUUGGAAAUAAAAUUUUCAUGUGAGAGAUCAAUUAUAUUAUAUUUUGACCAUAAAUAAAAUGAAGAUCGCAAUUUUAGUAUGUUUCAUCGCAAUAGUCACGAAGGUUUAUGCAGAUAAUUACUUUCUAUUCUUAGCAAAAUAUCUUUCGUUUUCAACCCAAUGCAACAUAUUCGUAAAACAAAAUGAUCUGAUAAAUAUUACAAGAGAAAAUAUUGAGAAAUUAUCUAGCGGGUUAUUGUGCACGAAUAAGAUGUUUCAAAUGCAAAACGAACAGGGUGACUACGUUCCAGAGAAGGUCAGGAGUUAUUUCGAAAAUGUAGCCGUCAAUAAAGAUAACAUAGAAAAAAUUGUCAAUAAUUGUACUGUUAAAUCUGAUGGAAGCACUGCUAAAGAAGCUGCUCUUAAAUUAUUCACUUGUGCCAUAAAAAUAGAUACUCUACGUUUUCCUUAUUCUGAUUAAACAUCAGUAUUGAUUGUUAUGUUUUUGAUAGGAAUAAAUAAAAUAUCAAUUCUU